AUGCUAUCCUCCCGUUUUAUUGGGCAGUUGGCCUCGACGGCGCGGGCUAACAUAGUCACGUCGGUGCGACCGCCAGUCGCUUCCAGGGCGUUUCACCUGUCAGCGGCCAGGAGAAUCGUUCACAACGUCAAAACUGCCGAGGAAUUCCAGAAAGCUGUAACUGAAAACGACCGAGUCAUUGUUGACUGCUUCGCUACGUGGUGCGGCCCUUGCAAGGCAAUUGCUCCCAUCCUUGAAAAACACUCCGAGGACGCCGUCUUCAAGGACAGAGUCCACUUUGUCAAAUUUGAUGUCGACGAAUUGCCGGCUGUGACACAAGCUCUGGGCGUUCGCGCCAUGCCUACGUUUUUCUUCUUCAAAGAUGGGAAGAAGGUUGACGAGAUGGUUGGAGCCAAUCCUCCUGCCCUGCUAGAGGCCUUGAAGAAGAUUGCCGCAUGA